UCCGCGCCACGGCGCGCCCGCGCUCAGGCCCGCGGGGCUGAGCGCCCCACCGCUGGAUUAUUUUUUUUUUUAAUUAUUAUUUCUAUUUUUUUUUUUUCCCUCCUCUUUUCCCUUUUUUCCGCCCUCCUCCCCCCCCCCCCCUCCUAAAAAAAAAAAAAAAAAAAAAAAAAUCAGGCAGCGAGCGCGGAGCUGCGCGGCCAUGCCCGGCCCCGGGCCGGGGGGUCCCCGCAGGGGAGCGGGGGUGCCCGGCCGCGGGGCUCCUCCGCCCUCCCUCUCCCGCCUGCCCACAGCCUAACCAGCCCCCUCUUCCCCCCCCUUCCCCCGCCGUGGCAAAUGUAGGCUCGCAGGAGAUCCACUGGGCAUAGGGAGGGGAUAUAGAGGUUGUGGUUCGUUUGUUUUCUUUUUUUUUUUUUUUUCCUUUUUUAAUCUAUCCCCCCCCCCCCCCCCCCCCCCCUUCCUCAAGACCUGAGGAAAUCCAGCCCAAGUUCGGCGUGAUGACUGUGCUGCUGGCAUCGGGGUUUCUCCGCGGCAUCCCUGCCUCCGGACCGCCUCGCCGCUGCUCGCUUUGAAUCCUCAGCACCGGGUUAAAGCUUAAUUCUCAUGUUGUGGUUGCUGGGCUGCCGCUCUCCCGCGUUUGGCGAUGGGAGGUGGAGGAAAAGGGAUUGUCCGUGAGUCAACACUGAAAAUGUGAUUAGGAGGAACUGCUUGCACUAAUCUGUUUCUAACCUUUUAGUCCAUGUUGGCCUGUGACCCCUUUCGGCUUUCAGAUCGAGCCUGAUUAGACCACAACACUGGUCUCCCUAUGGAAUCAGCUGUUUCCAUCUGGCAUUGAGAUCCCAUGGAGAAGCUGAGGAGGGGAAUGGCUCUUCAUAUCCAUGAAGCCUGGAUACUUCUGUUUGUAAUCCCUGCUUUGGUCACUCCAGCUGCCAUCAAUCAUGAAGACUACCCCGCCGAUGAAGGGGACCAGACCUCCAGUAAUGACAAUCUGAUCUUUGAUGACUACCGAGGGAAGGGCUGUGUGGAUGACAGUGGCUUUGUGUACAAACUGGGAGAACGUUUUUUCCCGGGACAUUCCAACUGUCCCUGUGUCUGUACUGAGGAUGGACCUGUUUGCGAUCAACCAGAAUGCCCUAAAAUCCACCCAAAGUGUACAAAAGUGGAACACAAUGGAUGCUGUCCAGAAUGCAAAGAAGUGAAAAACUUUUGUGAAUAUCAUGGGAAAAAUUACAAAAUCUUGGAGGAAUUUAAGCCCUCGCCAUGCGAAUGGUGUCGCUGCGAGCCCAGCAAUGAAGUUCACUGUGUUGUAGCAGACUGCGCAGUUCCCGAGUGUGUCAACCCAGUCUAUGAACCAGAACAGUGUUGUCCGGUCUGCAAAAAUGGAAUUCCUGAAAUGGCCAGAUUUUAAGAUUGCAGUUAAAACCCCUUCAGUCAAAGUCUAUGCAAUAUGCUGAUUGGUUAUGCAGAUGCAAGUUGAAUGUGACCAGCCAAGCAGAAGAUGGAUCCCCCCACGCCGGACUUGGCAGGACCCCACGAUCCUCUCCAUAGGUCCCAGAGACCGAAGCCCGUAGCGUAGCGUAGCUGCCUCCCCCUUCGUUCCUGGCGGAUGAAGUAUUACUCACGGCAGCCAGCCAGCUCUCUGGGUACUCAGUUGACCCCACCACCCCCCCCCCAUCACCACCACCCCAUGCAGAUGCCAGGCUGAGGGGUCACGGGAAGGACCUGCUCCUCUUCGGGCAGCGGUUGCCCAGCGUGGGGGGGGGCCGGUGGUUGUUUCACGGCUGACGCCUUAGCGCUGCUGUGCUGGUGCAGAGGUGCCACCCCCCAAUCAGGAGUCGUCUCCCAUUUUGCAGAGCCUGUAGAAGCCACCGGAACGUCGCGACGACAGAGCCCUCUGCACCAAGGCUUCGUGGCCAGCUGGGCAAACCAAGGGCUUUGGAAGGUUGAAUGCAAAAGAAAAUUCCUGAGACUACAAAGGAUGUAUUUCUGAUUGUUUGUUGGCUAACGUUCUUCGUGUUUUCCAGCAAGAGUGUUAACUGUGGUGCCCUAUUAGCUCAAUUAAAGGAGCGAUUUGAUUACCAACAGAAGAAAAAAAGGAUUGAUUUGAACGCUGGUAGAAGAUCAAGACUGAAAACAAAGCGGGAUAUUUGGGCCAGGCAGUUGCCGACCUGACAAAAUACUUCCAUACUUGCUUUACUAUUCCUUGGAAAAAGAGGUCAUUUCACUGAAACUGAUUUUCAGUGGAGCUCAUUCACCUCCGUCACUUCAGGCCAAGUGGUUAAAGGGCACGUAGAUGCUGAAGUUGCUGAUGAGCGUUAGGUCCAUAAGCAUCUGUCAAGAGCUGGCCCCCCCAUUGCUUUUGGAGAUCUCACGCAGCUGGAUUAUCCAGAUGCUUAAAUGCCCUGCUGACUCAAGAGUAUAACCUGCUCUGUGUGGAGACGACUGUUGGAAGAGUCACGGUGAAAAGCUCUGGAAAAGUAUAUAGAGGUUACACCUUCCAAAAUUAGCCGCCCUGGUGCUGGAUAACAUCAAAGGGAACUGAGCUGAAUCUGCCACCUCCUGAAGUUUAGAAGAAGGAGAGGCUAAAAGAGGCAAGGGAGAGGGAAAGCCUUUAGAGAACAAAAAAAGACAUGAACUGACCGGCGCUUAAUGUGAUUAACGCUAUCAGACAGCUCAGUGCUCACACAGAGCGGUAGCUGCUGGCCUGUGUAGCGUCAGUGACAGGGACGCUGCCGGGAAAAGCUGAAUUCAAAGAGUGCGGCGGGAGGGAGCCAGUGGGACAGCAGCCCCUUUCGACCCGACGUGUUCAUCUGCACGCUUACAGGUCAGCUAAUGCUUCCCAAAGCUUUGUGGUCUCUUCCUCUGUCCACGAAGCAAGGAAGGGAUAAUUCACAUAUGAAACAAGGCAGGAGACGACUCUGCCAGACAGCCGAAGGCCAGACAGGAGCUGAAAGCCGCUAUCCUGAAUUUGUACCUCAGGUCCUAACCACGUUUCCAGGCUUCCACCCCAACAGAGCUCAAAAUUAACGUCUACCAGCAGUUGAGAGAGAAGGGUCAGGGAGGAUUAUGAGAAGUCAUUUGUUGGAUGGGACUUGCUCCAAAGCUCUUACUAAGCGGACACAGCUCAGAGAGAUGUGGGAAAUACGUUACAUGGUCUACAUUGCUCUUUAAACUCAGAAAUAUUUAUGAAGAAGCAUCUGCCCACGGGUGAUCGUUUCUGCUUGGGAAAGUUGCUGAAAUUUGUGUGCACAAGCCUAUGGCAGUGGUAGUUCAAGAUCCACUGGCAUCAUGAUAGUGUAUUGUAGAGGAGAGGGUGGGUUUGGGCUUUUUUGGGGGAAAAGGUUCCUAGAUGCAGAUUGGGAAACCAGUUUCCUUUUGCAGAGCACAAGCAGCCCGAGCAGUACUGAAAAUAAAGCGGGCGUGGUGUGGCUGUUCCCCACCUGGCCAGAUUCUUGGUGUAACUUAAAAGACCAGAAGUGACAUUAUUAUCCAGCUGCAUUGCUGUGGACCAUUUUUCUGCAAGAGUUGCCGAAAGCCAAAUCCUGAGUCCGUGUCACUUGGUGUCACGUUGGCAGUGUUGUUUUACUCUGAGUUACUCCAGCUGAGGAUCUGACCUGCAAGAGCUAAUAGUGUCUGGGUGACUCAGGCAAAUUGCAGGAGGCUGCCGUGUUUUGCAUGGUCAGGCUUUCUAAAAGGAUUAGAGAUGGGUUUGCUUUUGCUGCUCCAGAAGGUUGGGAUUAUUAAGCGUAUCUGUAUGAGAAGAGUGGCAGACACUGUCUUCAUGUAUUUCUAAUUUAAUGAAUGUUUAAUGCUUCUUUUAUUGGAGCCUACAUAUAUGUAGAGUAGAGGACUUUAACAAGGGGUUGACUAAUGUCAAA